AUGAAUAACAACAACAGAAUCAUUCAUAAAAGUAGUAGCUACACAAAUUCAGUAACCCUAACAGAGAUUAUCCAUCUAAAUAACCCUAACAUUAACAAUUACCAAAACCAAAAAGAGGAGCCCAUUACACAAUUCCAGUUCAAUAUCACCUACCGCACCAUAGUCACCAGCUGCUACGGCCACGUGUCAAACGAAGACGGCGACUACACCCCCGACGGAAACACGCCGGACGUGGUCUACUACCCAGCAUCAGAAACCUUGUCAGAACCAUUAGGCGUUGACAAAAUGCAUAGUUUUGAGGCAACUUACAAGGCUCUCUCACCCAUUUUAUCAACUAUUGGAGUCAAACGUCGCAGUGCCAGAACCGACGUGGCACAGGCUGUUACUGAGUUCUGUAAAUGGUUUAUUAAUGCCAAAAACAAGUAUUCAAGAUUGGUUGUGGGUGCAGUGGCGAUCGAGAGACAGGUAGAGCAAUGGGAGCGUAGUAUGGAUGAUGAUGAUAUUAAUGAUGAAUUUUAUUGGAUGGAUAAUAUGGAGAUUGUGGAUUUACAUCUUGAUGGUUACAGAGUUGGAGAGGAUGAUGAUGAUGAUGAGUUAGGAAAGAGUUGUGCAGUGUGUUUGGAAGAAUUUGGAGUGGGAACAAAGGGUGCGAGGAUGCCUCACUGUUUACAUUUGUUUCACGUGAAUUGUAUUUGUAAUUGGCUUCGAAAGAAUUUAUCUUGUCCAGUUUGUCGAUCUCAGUUAGAUAUUAGCUCUACUUAA